AUGAAUUUGAUAGCAGAAGAUGGUUAGUUAAAAAUUAAUUUGAAUGUUCUAAAGACUGCAUCCAUUGUUAUAAAGGUUUAUUUAUACAAUAUAAUUUGGAAACAAAUUUAUUACAUCUUCUAAAUAAUUAAUGUAUAUCUUUAUGUGGAGAUGGUUAUUUAUCUAAUAAGGAAUAAUGAGAUGAUACAAAUUAAAUACAGUAUGAUGGAUGCUAUUUAUGCUUAUUUUUAUGUAAUUAUUAUUGUCAUACUUCUUAAAUUGCUCAAUGUUAUUUUUUUUUAUUACUUAGAUAAAUAAAAAAAUAUAUGUUAUAUUGUUUGUGGAGAUGGAAUUGUAACCCAUGAUGAAUAAUGUGAUAAUGGCAAUUUACUAUCUGAUUUAUUAUGUGUAAUUUGUAAACUAUAAAGUUAAGAAGAAUGUAAAACUUGCAUUGAUGGAAAUUGUUUUUAAUGUAAUUCAUUAGGAUGGCAAUUGGAUGUGUUAAAUUAUUAUUGUUAUAAUUUGAAUAAUUUUGAAUAUCUUUUAUGUUAAUUUAUUAAAUGCUAUUUUUAAAAAUCAAACUAUUUCUAUAAUAACCUAGUUUGGUGA